AGUUAAACGGCUCAUGAGUUUCUUUUUCUUGGCGAUCAAUGUCGUCGACUAAACGAAAAUUCUGCGAGCAUUGCCAAGACUUCGUCUCUACGAGAACGUAUAGGCAGCAUUUAGAUCUUUACUACAACAAAGAAAGUGGUCAAUGGAACAUUCGACAGAUUCAAGAAGAGUCUUCAGAUGAGGAAAGAAGCGAUCCUGCAGAUGUUGACGUGUGUGCUGAAGAAGUGAACCAGUUGCACGAUGUUUGCAUUCAAAGACCAGUCGCAAUGGCAAGUUGUGAUGGAGGCAGCGUUUCUGAACCAGGUUUGGAUGGUGUUCCUAUCCACAAUCUAGAAGAGGAAGAUUACCUUUUAGUUCAUGGUUUUGAUGACAGUGAUUCAGAGAAUGACUUUAUUUAUCAUGAGAGGAUGCCACACGCAUUACUCAAAGAAGUGUGGGAUUUGCCUGGUGAGGAUGUUGAUACAGACUUCCCCCAAAAUCAGGGUCAACUACCCUCUGUGGAUGUUAACAACACAUCCAGAAUAAAUGGAAGUUUCAAGCAUCUUCUUCGUUGGUUGCUGAUUUUCCUGUGCCUUUGGUCUUCAUUUUCUUCAUUAUCUGACAAUGCAUUGGAAAUACUUCUUACUUUUUUGAGGGCAAUGUUUGAUUCCAUGGGUACAAUCUUUCCAGUUGUUGCAAGUUUUGCUGUGCUGUUCCCAAAGUCAGUCCAUUUACUACGCAAGCAACUGGGACUGGACAAAGACAGAUUUAUUAAAUACAUUGUGUGCCCAAAGUGUCACACUUUGUACAAUUUUGAUGACUGCUAUGAACUGGUUUGCGGUCGAAAAGUCACCAAGAAGUGUACUUUUGUUCAGUUUCCAAACCAUCGGCAACAUUUCCACCGUACCAAGUGUGGUGAACCACUUUUAAAAGAAGUUUCCUUAAAGAGUGGGGGGACUAAGCUUUACCCACACAAAGUGUACUGUUAUAACAGCAUCAUUGACAAUCUCUGUCAAUUCCUUCAAAGGCCAGGAUUUGUCGAUAAAUGUGAAUUAUGGCGAAGCAGGGGUAUCCCUGAUGGAUUCCUUGCAGAUAUCUUUGAUGGACGUAUCUGGAAGGAAUGGCAGAACGUGGAUGGGAAAGCAUUUUUGGCAGCACAGAGGAACUAUGCAUUUAUGCUCAAUGUUGACUGGUUCCAGCCUUUCAAGCAUUCAGUGUAUAGUGUUGGAGUGCUCUAUAUGGUUCUGAUGAACCUCCCCAGGGCUGAGAGGUUCAAACCAGAAAAUGUUUUCUUAGUUGGUGUGAUCCCUGGGCCCCAUGAACCAAAACACAACAUUAAUUCAUACUUACAGCCCCUCGUAGCUGAACUGAAUGUGCUGUGGAAAGAUGGCAUAAGUGUCAAGGCACAUGGGUCAACUACAAAUGCCAAAUUCCAUGCUGCUCUUCUUUGUGUUGGCUGCGACAUCCCAGCAGUGAGAAAGGUUUGUGGAUUUACUGGCCAUGGAUCAAAUAUAGGCUGUUCAAAAUGCAAGAAAUUUUUCCCUGGCUCAGUUGGUACCAAAAUUGAUUUUUCUGGCUUUGAACCAUGCCCUCCAAGGAGUAACAAUGAGCACAGACUGCAAGCACAGGAGAUCUUGAACCAAACAACUGCUGGUGACUGUGCAAACCUUGAACAGCAGUUUGGAACAAGGUAUACAGAAUUAAUGUUGUUGCCUUAUUUUGAUUGUGUUCGGUUUCACAUUAUUGACCCAAUGCACAAUCUGUUUACUGGGACAGCUAAGCAUAUUAUGAAGAAUGUAUGGUUAGAUCCAGAGAAGUCAUUGCUUGACAAGAAUAACUUGCAACAGAUACAAGAAAAAAUGGACAAGCUUAAAGUUCCCGCCAGUGUGGGAAGAAUGCCCAAGAAAAUACAGAACAGUUAUGGGGGCUUCACAGCCGAUCAGUGGAAAUCAUUUACAGUUCUUUUUUCCAUACAUGCCUUGUGGAAUGCCUUGCCCAGCAGUGACAUGGAAGUGUGGCGUAAUUUUGUCAUGGCUUGUUCUUGCCUGUGCUCUACUGUUCUUACAGAAACAAAAGCAUUGCUGGCCCACUCCUACCUUUUGAAGUUUUGCCAGGGUUUUGAACAGUUGUAUGGCAAACACAGAGUAACUCCAAACAUACAUCUGCAUACCCAUCUUGUUGAGUGUGUCUUGGAUUAUGGACCUGUGUACUCAUUUUGGCUGUUCAGCUUUGAGCGCUAUAAUGGAAUUCUUGGUGAGUACGGAACUAAUCAACGUGCUGUUGAGAUACAGUUAAUGCGCAAGUUCUUAUCAAGUCAGUUUAUGAAGGAUCUGCCUUUGCCUGUUGAGUUCCAAGAUAUAUUUAAACCUCUGCUUAACAGACUGUACUCAAAACAAUCAGGAAGUCUUCAAGAACAGUGUCUAACUGAGAAGGACCAGGUGUCUGGAGAAAUUAUCCAAGCUUAUGUGCUGUCCACUGGUCAUGUGCGAACUGGUGGCAAAUUUGAGAGCAGUUUCUAUUUGUACACAUGCUGUGGACCAUACUCAAGAGACACUAUAGAUGUAGAUGUUCUUCCCCAUCUAAAGAAAUCCUAUGCUACAUUUUUGGAUGGGCUGGAUGAAACCUCUGUUACGACUCACUUUGAAUGUUAUGCUUGUUGUAAAUUCAAUGGUGAUCUCUUUGGCUCCAUUAAAUCAAGAGGAGAUAGAUCAGCAUUUGUGUUGGCAAGGUGGUGUAAACUUGGUGGCACAAUUGACACCUCUGGAUCUGAUUUGAGACCAGGUGUUAUUGAUUAUUUUAUGAAACAAAAUGUACAAGUAAAUGGACAUUAUGUGACCUCUGUUUUGGCUUCUGUACGUUGGUUUCAAGCUCACCCAUCAAGAUACUCCUUAGGUGCUCCUGUCGAGGUCUGGUGCAAAGAUCUCUUUGAACCUGAAGGUGAAUCAACAUUUAUUCCAAUUCAGAGAAUCAGUGGAAAGUUUAUACCAGCAAUUGACAUUCUCCAAGAUGAACAUGUCCUUGUGGUCUGUCCUCUUACACGCAAAUUGCAGUGUUAGCUUUAGUGCUUAUUAGAUUGAUACCAUUCAUAGUUUAUUUUAUGUUCAAGUUUUAUAUCUUGAUAGAUAUAGACCAUUGCAGUUCUUUUUUCAUCAU